UUGUUCCGGUAAGCGACAUUUCAAGUGAUUAGACAUUAUUUUGGAAUAUAAUUUCAACAAAAGUUACUAUUAAUUUGGUCAUAUCAAUCACAAAUAAUAUAUAUUUGUAGAGAAAAUGGCACGACGUUAUGAUACCCGUACAACCAUAUUCUCGCCGGAAGGUCGUCUGUAUCAAGUCGAAUAUGCUAUGGAAGCUAUAAGUCAUGCGGGAACAUCGCUGGGUAUUUUAGCAACGGAUGGUAUUCUUUUGGCUGCAGAACGCAGGAACACCAAUAAACUUCUAGAUGAAGUGUUCUUUUCUGAAAAAAUCUACAAGCUCAAUGAUGACAUGGUCUGUUCAGUCGCUGGUAUAACAUCGGAUGCUAACGUUUUGACAAACGAAUUAAGACUGAUCGCUCAAAGAUACCUGCUGCAAUAUGGCGAAUCUAUCCCUUGUGAGCAAUUAGUCUCCUGGCUUUGUGAUGUGAAACAAGCUUACACACAAUAUGGAGGUAAAAGGCCCUUUGGAGUCUCAAUUCUGUAUAUGGGCUGGGAUAAGCACUAUGGUUAUCAGCUCUACCAGUCUGAUCCCAGUGGAAACUAUGGGGGGUGGAAAGCAACAUGCAUCGGUAACAAUAGUGCUGCAGCAGUUUCAAGUUUAAAACAGGAGUACAAGGAAAAUGAGACAACUCUGGCAGAAGCACAGGCCCUGGCAAUCAAAGUACUUAGCAAGACUUUGGAUAUGACUAAACUGACUCCAGAAAAAGUCGAAAUGGCAACACUAACUCGUAAGGACAACAAGACUAUCAUCAGGAUUCUAACGAAUACAGAAGUUGAGAAACUCAUUGCCGAAUUCGAAAAGACCGAAGCUGAAGCUGAAGCUGCCAAGAAACAGCCUGCUAAAUCUUAAUAAUAUUUAAUUAAGUAUUCUAUAAACAAAAUAAAGUCUUUUACACAAUG